GGUCACGAUUUCCUUUUCUCUCUUUUUAUUGCCUGAAAUUCUUCAAAAAAUUUACGAAAUAGUACUUAAGUACACAUAUUUGAAUGGCUGGUGCAAAAAUUUUCGGAUUUACCUUGAAAUUACCAUAUUUACUUCCCUAAACAUUCGUGAAUGAUGGAACUCGUUCAGUUACUCUUUUGAAAACGAACUUCAGAAUAAUAUUUGGGGGUUAUUUAUUUGUUGGUUAUUUUGCUGUUUACUGUACAUUUACGUUGUCUUUGUCAAUUUUCGUAGGAGUCUGUUUUCUAUAAAUAUUAUAUAUCGAUAUCAGUAACCAAAAUGUUUUAAUUUCCUGGAGAAUUUGGGCAGGACUCUGCUGUAAAUACAACAUGUUUUUUGUGUUUCUUUUGGGCAUUUUUCGUAUAUAAUAAUUUAUUGCUAGCAGAUAUAUAUGUCCUGACUUUAAUACUAGUGUAGGUUUGUUCUUGCCUGGUGAAAGCUUAUGAUGGUAGAAAUGCGACAAGGUACCAUAAGGUUCAUAUUGUUAUUACCACUUGUUGUUUAUUGGUGAUUGUUCACUAUUCUUUGGUUUACUGAUAAUGCGUGUAAUUAUUUUAUUUUCUUGAGCCCUUCAAGGGCAAGUAGAAAUGCAAGUAAUGAGCAAAAUGUCUGGAAGUUCUAUCUGUUAGACCAUAUGUAGAGGUAGUUAUCUUUAAAUUCAAACUCGUUUCAAUAUAGGUGUUAUACAACAAAGCACUGCAUUAUACAUUGAUGUUUUACGUGUUCUCUCAUACCUAGAAGAUACAGGUGUAAAAUGGAGCUAUGGAUUAAUAACGUCUCUCUACAUGGACAAAGUGGUACCCUUGUUUACAGGCAGCUGAGGGCCUACUUAAGGACAUGCAAGUACCUCUAAUUACAGUUCUUUUGGUCUACCCUUCCAACACCAAACUGGUGAGGUAGGUUAUCACAGUGCUUCAUCCUACCAGAGCCAAUCAGAUCAUUCCAGGUCUAGCUCUCCAUCUGAGCCUUCAACAAGUAGCAAUGGUAAUGACAGAACUCAAUGUGGAAAAGAAAAGAAAAUGUGGCUGAAAGAGGAAGUGAUCUUGAUUUGAAACAUAUCUUAAAGAAAAAAGAUGAUCCAAGAAUCCAAGAGUAAGGAACAAAGAUAUUUGGUCUGUUAUUUGCCUUGAAAUGUGGGAACAGGGACAUAUCUCUUGUGGUGCAAAGUCUUGGGAGACCAAGUUCAAGAAUCUCAAAAGAUCAUAUAUUGCAUACAUUGAUCACAACAAGAAAACAGGAAGAAAUGCAAAGAAAUGUGCUUACUAUGAAGAACUUCACAACAUUUUUCAUGGUGAUGACGAUAUAACACCAUCAGCUGUGUACAGUAGUAGGAAGGGUCUGGUUAAACAUCUCUCUCUGAUUAAAGAGUUUAUUGAAAGGAAGGAAGAAAAGGAGGAAAAGAAACUGCAGAAAUUGCAAGAAAUGCACAAUGAUAAAAAGACUUUCUUUGGGCAAUUUCUUAAAGUGUUUGAAAAAUCUGUCCAAUUAAGAUAAGGGAAUAUUUUUGUUCUGUGGUUUUCAUGUAAGCAGCUCUCAUUACAUGGAAAAGGCUCUUACACUGAUUCCACAACAUACUAGUACUCUAGCAGUUGUGUUUUGUGCUGUUGCAUUCACAUCACAUUGCAUUACCUCACUAUCUGAAGUAUUCACCGCAAGGCUUUCAAGCAUGUUUGUACAUGGCAUUUUUUCAUGUAUGUGUACAUGUAGAACCAAAACAUGUAUGGUUAUAUUGUGUUGUCAAGAUGUUACUUGUGUUCUAAAGUACUAAUAAAACAAGUAAAGGUAUUGUGUACCCAUUGCAGUCAUAGAAAUAGUGAUGCUGGUUAGUUUCACAUGAAGUGCAUGUCUACUGAAACGUUAGGAGUGAAAACGUACUGGUGUCACAAAACAUUAGGAUUAUUACAAUAAUAAGAGAGUAAUUAGUAAUGAUAAUAAAACACUUAGGUUAAAGAG